AUGAACGCCACUAUUCAAAAGAUUAUUGAAGAAUAUCAUAAUAUAAAUUUAAAAGAAUAUAACAAAAUUCCAAAUGUACUUUCACCACCACCCAAUUGUCUUCAGUCAUAUGAAUUAGGAAGAAAUGGGACAUUAAAAGUAUUAACUGAAGCAUUUUCACCAUUUAAAUUAAGUCAAAUUAAAAAAGUUUUUGAAAAAAAGGAAGUGUUUUAUUCAUUGUUUCCUGAACUAACACAAAUAUUCUUUGAAGGAAAUAAAGUGGAAUGUAAAUCUUCAUGGAUUAUUUGGAAUGUUCUACAAGAAUAUAAAUUUAUUGAAAAUGUUAUUUGUUUUCCAAAUGAAAUAUUUCAUAUUGAAUCUAAUUAUUGGCCAAAAUAUGUAGAAUAUUAUCUUUUUUGUUGUGAAAAACAUCUCAGUGGAACAAGAGUUGUAAUUGAAAUAAAAUUUAAUACAACAAAAAUUCAUAAGAAUGAAUUUAUUUGGUUCUUAAAUAAUGAACGAUCAUUUGUUUAUAAUUUAAAUGAAAUUUUAAAAAAUGAUCAAGAAAGUCUUCUUUUAUUAAAUUUAGAAAGAGAGUUUUAUACUAGAUUAAAUCAAAUUUCAUUAUAUCAAAUUACACUUUAUUCUAGUGAAUCAAUAUUAAUGAAAACAAAUAGUCAAUAUGAUGAAAUUAUUAUUACUGGUAAAUCUCAUUAUACUAUUUCUAUUAAAAUUCUUCUUGAAAGUUUAUAUUCUCAUUUUCUUCAAUCACCUUUAUUCCCUAAAUGUAAAAUUAUUAAACAAACAGAAAGAAUUAUUCAAAAACAUGGUGAAACUCCUUUUUUUUCUACAACUCCUUAUUCAACUGAUAUUGUUUAUUGUUCUGCACUUGGAGAAGGUUCAAUGUUUACAGCUGCACAAUCAAUGAAAUGUUCAUGUCCAUUACCACAUACACCUAAUUUUGAAGUAAUUAUUUGUGCAGAAUUAUUUAAUAUUCAACAAGAUGGUAAAAUAGAUUCUAUUUAUUAUUAUCAUUUUAAAACUCCUCAAAAAAAUAAUUUUGUUCCUUAUAUUCAUUCAAGAACUUCUCUUAAUCUUUUUUGUGCUUUUCUUAUGACUCGUUUUGGUGUUGAAAAUAAUAUUCCUUCUAUUAGUAUUUCUGAUGUAUCUGAUAUUUCUUUAAUUUCUAAACAAAUGCUUGCUCAAGCAAUUCAUAUUAAAGAAAACUCUUUAAAAAAACAACGUAAAAUAUUAUUUCCAUUAAAUGAAAAAGAAAUAAUAACAAAUUGUAUUUUUACAGAAUUGUCUAAUGAAUUAUUACAUCAAAUAUUUAGUUAUUUACCAUUAGAAGAUCUUUCUUCUUGUUUGUUGACUUGUAGAAAAUUAAGGUCUUUUAUUCUUUCUGAUGAUUUAAUUUGGCAAAAUUUCUAUAAUUUGUAUUUUAGUAUUUCUUCUUUUAAUCAAAAAGAAUUUCAUACUCCAAAACCUCGUUAUAUUGAAACAAAAUCAAUUGCACACCAAGUUCUUCAUUUACAAAAUAUUAGAAUUCGUUGGAAAACAAAAAGGCCUGUUAUUAGAAAACGUAUUGAAGCAUUUGUUAAAUGUCCUGUUAAUUUUAUAUUCUCAAGAACAAAAGGUCAAUCUUUUUUUGUUGCAACUAGUUAUGGGAAAAUUAAAUCUUUUGAAUAUAAUUCAUUCAACCUUGUGAAAGAUUUGAUUAUUAAUGAUCAUUUCAUUACUGUAGAACUUAAUUAUGAUACAAAAUGUUCAUUAAUGGUUUCUGGAAAUGGAAAAAUAUAUCAAUAUUUUUAUGAAACAAAUAAAUUAAAUAUUAUUCCUUUUCAAAAACAUCAUGGUUGUAGAUUUACUGAUUCUUGUAAAAAUAUUUUAUGUUGGGAAGAAACGGGAAAUAUUGAUUUUAUUGAUUUUCAAUCACAAAAACCUUGGUAUUCAAAUAAUUUUAAUCAAUGUCAUAUUUCUUGUAUUGAUAAAGUUGAUACUUAUUUCUAUAUUUCUUGUUAUUCUGACUCUCGUAUUAUUGGUUUUGAUUCAAGAAUGAAAGAAAAAGCUUUUGAAACAAAUUCAUAUAAUAAUAUUAAUACUUUUGAUUAUUUUGAUACUUCCCUCGUUUGUGGUUGUAAUAAUGGAGUUAUUUCUCUUUAUGAUUAUAGAAUGAAUAGAAUAACUCAAAACCGUGCAAUGCAAUUUACUUCAAUUAAUACAAUUAAAGUUUGGAAUAGAAAAAUAGUUUUUGGAGGAAAUGAUCGUCAAAUUGGUUUACUCGACUGUACUAAGAAUUGGUUUGGAAAUUAUCAAGUUCUUUAUACCCACCAAACUCCAAUUGUUUCUAUUGACUUUGAUGAUUCAGUAUUAAUAAGUGGAGCUGCAGGUGGUUUUAUAAUAUACUCAUCUUUUGUUUAG